GUCAUCUCAAGGACCCCAGAGAUUUGCCAGGGUUGGCCCAUUUCUGUGAACAUAUGCUGUUUUUAGGAACUGAGAAGUAUCCAGAAGAGAAUGAAUACAACAAGUUUUUGAAUGAACACGGAGGAAUGUCAAAUGCCUUCACAUCCCUGGAGCAUACCAACUACUACUUUGAUGUCUCACCUGAAUAUUUACCAGGAGCCCUGGACAGAUUUGCCCAGUUUUUUUGCUGUCCCCUGUUUACUGCGUCUGCUACUGGGCGCGAAGUAAAUGCAGUGGACAGUGAAAACAGUCGAAAUCUCCAGAGUGACCCCUGGAGAUUGUUCCAGCUGGACAAGUCUCUAGCCAGGGAGGAUCAUGACUUUAGCAAGUUUGGAACAGGAAACAAAGAGACCUUGGAAACAAUUCCAAAAUCUAAGGGAGUUGAUGUCAGAGAGGAAUUACUGAAGUUCCAUUCUCGGUAUUACUCCUCCAACAUCAUGGGUCUGUGUGUUUUGGGCAAAGAGUCUCUUGAUGAACUGGAGAACAUGGUCAUUCCCUUGUUUGAAAGUAAUGUCAACAAAAAUGUUGAGGUACCAAAGUGGGAGGAUUUACCUUACACAGAAGAGCAUCUACAGUGUGUGGUUAAUGUGGUCCCAGUGAAGGACAUCAGGGAAAUGUCAGUCAUGUGGCCUACACCUGACGUCAGUGAACACUAUAAGGCAAAUCCAGGGCAUUAUUUAGGUCAUCUGCUAGGUCAUGAAGGAUCUGGAAGUUUACUAUCUGAGCUUAAAACCAGGGGAUGGGCUAACACUUUGGUUGGAGGUCAAAGAUCAGGGGCCAAAGGGUUUUCCUUCUUCUCUGUAGCAGUGGAUCUUACAGACAAGGGUCAAGAAAAUGUUGAUGAAAUCAUAGCUUUGAUCUAUCAGUACAUCAACAUGCUGAGGCAAGAGGGGCCACAGGAGUGGAUAUUCAAAGAGUGCCAGGACCUUGCAGCCAUGUCUUUUAACUUCAAAGACAAAGAGUCUCCGAAGUCUUACACCAGCGCCUUAUCUGGCAGACUACAGCUUGUCCCUAACAACAUGAGGGUCACUGUGGUUUCCAAGAAGUUUGAAGGGCAGACUGACAAAACAGAAAAGUGGUACGGAACACAGUACAAGGUCUCCAAGUUUACAGAAGAUCAGAUUAAGAAGUGGUCCAAAUGCCAACUGAACCAAAACCUUCGCCUUCCUGCAAAGAAUGAGUUUAUUCCUACCAACUUUGAGCUGGUUGCACGGGAAUGUGAGACUUCGCCUUUACCAGAUGUGAUCAAGAACACAGAACUGUGUAGGUUGUGGUUCAAACAAGAUGACAAGUUCCUGAAGCCAAAAGCUUGCAUCAACUUUGACUUUGCCAGCCCACUAGCAUACAUGGAUCCCCUACACACCAACUUGAAUGCCAUCUUCACCCAGCUCUUCGAUGAUGCUCUGACCGAGUACUCCUACAUGGCAGAGAUAGCUGGACUUAAGUAUAGCCUGGAUAGUUCUCUAUAUGGACUUUCGCUGUCUGUCAAAGGGUACAAUGACAAGCUGCCUAUUCUUCUCAAGAAAAUUGUGGAAAAAAUGACAUCAUUCCAAGUUGACCCUGAAAGAUUGGCCAUUUUUAAAGAAAUUCAUGGACGGAACCUGAAGAACUUCCAGGCCGAACAGCCACACCAGCAUGCCAUAUUUUACACCAACAUGCUGACUUCUGAAGUUCUGUGGACCAAGGAUGAGUUACUGCAGGCACUUGAUGAUGUCACACUGGAAAACUUACAGUUGUUUAUAAAACAACUUCUGUCUAGAUUGUAUAUAGAAGGUCUCAUCUAUGGAAAUGUCACCAAAUGUCAAUCUCUGCAAAUGAUGGAUAUGGUGGAGAAGAUUUUGGUGAACAACUCUGGCACCAAGCCACUUCUGCCGAGCCAGCACCGCAAGCUGAGGGAAGUCCAGCUGCCUGACGGUUGUUAUUUUGUCCACAAGGAGAAGAAUGUGGUCCAUGAGAGUUCAGGCAUCGAGGUUUACUACCAGUGCGGACAACAGAACACAGAGAGCAACAUGUUGCUGGAGCUCUUCUGUCAGGUAAUUGGCGAGCCUUGCUUCAAUAUUCUGAGGACACAGGAGCAGCUAGGAUACAUAGUGUUCAGUGGCGUGAGAAGAUCCAAAGGGGUACAAGGUCUGCGAGUGAUUGUUCAAUCAUCCAAGCCGCCUCAGUUUGUGGAAGGAAGGAUUGAAGCAUUCAUACAGAAGAUGGAGGAUGUGAUCUUAAACAUGACAGACGAGGAGUUUAACAAGCAUAUCGAGGCACUGUCUUCCAAGCGGAUGGAGAAACCAAAGAAAUUGAUUCAACAAAACAACAAGUACUGGACUGAGAUUAUCUCUAGUUAUUACAACUUUGAUCGAGACAACAUAGAAGUAGCUUUUCUCAAGCAGCUGAAGAAGGAUGAUUUAUAUAAAUUUUAUAAGGAGAAGAUUGCACUGGAUGCUCCAAGACGACACAAGUUGUCAGUUCAUGUGAUAUCACAGGUGCCUCAGGGAGGUUCUGACGCUGAGACUAGCAGGCAAGAAGCAGAGUCUGGCAGUGAGACGACAGAGAAGGGAGACAUGGAUGGGUUCCUGCCUUCCCCUGAUCUUCCAUUGGCAACCGUUAUCACCGAUGUCAUGGAAUUCAAGCGUGACCUGGGUCUGUACCCCUUACCAAAACCUUUCAUUGAUGUAACCAAGGCAAAAGCAAAACUGUGA